GACUGGACGACCACUCACGCACGCUCACAGCAUCUACAAGUCCGAGGACAUGUGGUGCCAGCGGGCUGCCACGUUCAUGGCGGCGGCGAAGGCGGACCCCGCCGACGGCGAGCUGAAACGCUUAACCACCCUGCUGUGCCUCUCCUUGUACCGCCAGUACGACCUGCUGGACUUUGCCUUGGAGACUAGCCCUCCCCGGUGCAUCUACGACUACAUCACCCUCGGGUCGCUCUGCGCGGACUGGGCAGCCAAGCUGGGGCCAGACGCGCAGCGCUCUUCCUACCCGGGCCGCACUACCAAGGCGAAUUUCGGCCAGAAGAGCGGGAAGGCGCCGACCCUGGAGGUCAACCUGAUGACCCUUCCGGCGUGCUGCAGAGUCUUCCACCCAAAAGGGACCAGCUCCGACCUGAAGUUGUGCUACGGGGACCUCAACGCCACGCACAUGGCGCUCUGCCUCUCCCACUGCGGAUACGCGACGGCCUCCGACUCGGCGGGCGCCAACGGGGCCCUUGCCUGCCGCUGGCUGUGCCCCGAGGCGCCGCAGGCGGCCGCCGUCGUCGACCUGGUGUCCCAGGCGCGCGCCCGCGUCGAGGCGCUCUUGCAGACCCGCUGCCCUGGCGCGCCGCCCUCGGCCAGCGGGGCCGCGAACGCCACGUCUGCGCCGACGCAGCAAACUCCCAGGCUGGCGCAGGCCUUCUCAUCCCAGCAGAGGGCCAGCGUGUGCACCACCCACGUCUUGCUCGACAUGAUAGACGCCAACGGCAGCCGCGCCAACGGCGCCCGUGCCACUGUGGCGGACGCCUCCAGCCUACGCCAAGGCCGAGCGGGCCGCCGCGGCCUCGCCUGCUUCCAGAGGGACGCCGUCGCGCUGAUGACCUUGCCGCAGGCGCUUCGCGGCGUGUCCGUCGGGGUGCAGAGCCUGCUGGGCCCGACCGCCAGCAACAAUCCCUGCGGGGAGGCCAGCUGGGCAUGGGCCCUCGUGGAAUGCGGCGACUCGGCUGCCGCCGGCAAGCGGGCCGCGAAAUGCGUCUGCGACGGCCUGAGCUCCAUCCUGCAGCAAGCCCGGCUCGAGGUGAACUUCUCCGUGCCCGCCGCCGAUCGCCGCGGAGCGUUCCAGGUGGGGCCCCACGUCCUGGCGAACCGCGUCGAGCACGCGCGCUCCUUCACGGAGCUAGACAAAGAGCCCUGCACCGUGAAGGGUCUCCGCGAGCUCGCGGCGAAGUACCCGACCAUCGUCACGACCAGCGAGUGCAUGCCCGGCGCCGCCAUCCGUGACACCUUGCGCACCGCGCCGCCUCCAGCAGCUGGGCCGACGGUCCAGAAGACCAUCGGCAAAAAGCCGGCCGCGGCCAUGCUGGCAACCGGACACUUCGCUCGGUCCGACGAAGCGCAUGCCGUGUUCGACGAAUUCAUCGACCUGAAGCACACUGCCGCGCAACUCAGAUUCGCCUUCCUCGUGCUUCUGGAACAAGGGGCGGCCCCGAUUUCCCUGUGCAAGAAGUGCGAGUCUCAGUCGCUGAAGGACUUUCUUAACCGAGCGCCGCAGACACCUGGAAACUCGAUGCCCCCGAUGCCGCCCCGACAACGGAACCCGCCCUGCGGCCGCCGCGCCAACGGCGCGCUGCCGCCGAGCUGGUCCGCGCGGACCCCCGACAAUCAAGCGGUCGCCAACCGCGUGGCCACGCUGGCGCGACGCAUCGCGAGCGAGGCAUUGGCGACAGGGCGCGCUGUCGCCAACGUCGCCAUCGCUGGCCAGGCCGCGCUGGAGUUGCCCGGCGGGGCUGCCGCUCAUUCGACCUUCGGCGCCCCGCUGGCUGACGAGGGCGACUUCACCUGCGCGCCGGGCGCGCGCUCCGCAGCGGCGUUGCGUUCGGCGCAGGCUGCGGUCAUUCAGUGGGGCGAGUGGCCUUCCGUCAAGAAGCCAGCCUGGGAGGCCGUGCUCGGCUUCUGCGACAAGUGCAGCUGCGACGCAAUCGCCAUGGGCGCGGGGAGUUCCAUCGAGCCCCGCGUCGCCGCGGAGUAUUUAAACUCGCGGGAGCACCCGGGCUCUCCGCCGCACUGCGUUCGACCUGUGAAAGGAGCGCUCCACGAGCUCAUGCGCCACUUCAGCCCCGAGGAUCGGCCGAUGAACCACGCCCCUGUCAUAUUGCAAGAAAUGUGCGAGAACCACGUGCCCAUUGAGACUCUAGACGGGCGCGCCUUCCCAUUGCCGCGGAUAUGCUUCAGGCACAUCAGCUUUCCGGACGUGUCAACCUUCGAGACUGGCUCCGUCGCCUUCUUUGCCCGGCGCAGCCCGUCCAUCGCGCCAGACGCGCAGCGGCCACCCUGCGCGGGGCGCGCCGCGAAAGCGGACCUCGCGCAGAAGAGCGGGAAGGCGCCCACGUUGGAGGUGAUUUUGCUGACCCUGGCGGCCCGAUGCAUUUUCCGCCGGCGUGGCUUCGACGCAGCGGCGCGUUUCCUGACGGUUACUCCGGCUAAGAGGGCCCAGCUCUUGGGCGUCCUCGAAGUCGGCUACGGGGACUUGGAGUUCGCGGUGUUGUUCUGGAUGUUGCUUGCCACAUCGGAGUGCACCUCGGACGCCUAA